AUGCAUUCCUCGUUCAUCAAUGUGAUGACUCUGACUCUGGCGGCGCUGUCAGGCACAGCGGCCGCCCUGGGCUUGACUGCCGCUUCGUUCAGCAAGGACUUGUCGCUUGCUUCUCAGUUGGGCAUUAGCCCUGAUCUUUUCAUGGAAUAUGGAAACCGUGAACGUGUGCAUCUACCCUUCUUGAUGGGACCGAUGCAGGCCGCGGUUGAUACGGAAUGGACGACGAUUCCCGUUGACCACGAGGACGAGUCUGUCGGCACCUACCAGAACCGCUACUGGGUCAGCGAAGACUACUAUCGCCCGGGAGGACCGAUCAUCGUGUACGAUGUCGGCGAAACAAGUGCCCAAAGCUCGGCGAUGGCAUAUCUGGCUGCCAACAAAGCCUCUUUUUUCUCCGAAAUUUUAAAGGAAUUCAAUGGCAUGGGCAUCGUCUGGGAACAUAGAUACUAUGGAGAAUCUCUGCCGUUCCCUAUCAGCAACAGCACUCCGCCUGAGCACUUCAAAUACCUCACUACCGAGCAAGCUCUGGCCGAUAUCCCUUACUUUGCCCAGAACUUCACUCGCAACGGCCAGCAGCUGUCGCCGGACACCACGCCUUGGGUCAUGGUCGGAGGCUCUUACUCAGGCAUCCGAUCAGCCUUCACGCGCGACCAAUACCCGGAUACUAUCUUCGCUUCAUAUGCUUCUUCAGCGCCAGUAGAAGCUCGUAUCGACAUGAGUAUCUAUUUCGACCAGGUCUACGCCGGCAUGGUUGGGUAUGGACACGAGAACUGCACCAAGGACAUCAAGGCUGCGCUGGAGUACAUCGACGGAGAGCUAUCUAGGGAUGAAACGUCCGCUGCAAACAUCAAGACGGCCUUCUUCGGAGCCGGGGCUGAGGAGAACAACAAUGGCGACUUCAGCGCAGCGCUGGCGGGCAUCUACGGCUAUUGGCAAGCCUACGGCAUGGGUGGCGGCGAGGGCAGUUUGGGCUCUUUUUGCGAAUGGCUAGAAACCGAUCCAGACACCAACAGCACCGCCGGACCGGAAGGGUUCGCAGCUAGCCGGGGGAAUGAGUACGCUGCAAUGCGGUACGCCUCCUGGCCGAUCUUCACUCAGCUGGUGAACUUCAACUACAACACGAAUUGUGACGGGCUGAACAUGACGCUCCCGCUGUCGUGUGUUCUGAACCCGCCUUCAACCAAUCCAGAUGAUAUCAGUUGGACUUGGCAGUUCUGCUCGGAGUGGGGAUACUUUCAGAGCGAUAACCUCGGUCCUCACUCGCUGCUGUCCCAGUACCAGUCGCUGGAGUACUGGUCGUACGCCUGCCACCGCCAGUUUCCCGAUGGCAUUGCGUCUGGUCUUCUCCCGAAACAGCCCCAGACGGAUGCGUUGAACAAACGGACUGGCGGCUGGACGAUUCGCCCGUCCAAUGUGUACUGGAGCGGUGGCCAAUUCGACCCGUGGCGGACCCUGUCUCCCCUCGCCACGGAAAGCUGGGCCCCACAAGGGGUCACAUUCUCCACAGAUAUUCCCCAGUGCAAUGUGAAGACGGGUGAGGACACUCUGUUUGGGUAUAUCAUGCCUAACGCGGAGCACUGCUUUGACUUUGACCCAGACUUUGGCCCAGGCAAAGCGUCGCGGGGUCUGUUCCAACGAGCCUUGAAGGAAUGGCUACCCUGUUUUGAGCCCCGGACCUAG